GCGGACCCGAUGCGAUGGCUGGUGGCUUGCAUGUCGGAGCUGCAGGGUGCGCGGAGUGCGGAGGAGGUGGUAGUGAGCGCGCUGGGGUGCCCCUGGGGCAGUGCGGUGUACGAGGCGGCGGCGAGGCAGUGGCGGGCGGCGGCGGCGGCGGCGGGGCGGCCGGCUUGGCGGCUGCGGGCGGCGGUGGGCACGCCGCGGGGCUGGCCGGCGGCGAGGCAGACACUGACGGGCCACACCGGCUACGUCACGUCCGCCGCCUGGAGCCCCGCCGCCGCCGGGCGCCUGCUGGCCACUGCCGGCGGCGAGGACCGCCUGCUGCGGCUGUGGGACAUGGCGGGCGAGGGCAGCUGCACGGCAGCGUGGCAGGCUCACGACCGGCGGGUGGUGGCUGUGGGCUUCAACUGCGAGGGGCGGCUGCUGGCCACCGCGGGCGAGGAGCCGGAGGUCAGGGUGUGGGCGGCGGCGGGCGGCGCGCUGGCGGCCACACUCAAGGGUCACACAGCCGCCGCCAAGGCAGUGGCCUGGUGUCCGGCGGAGGCGCACGUGCUGCUGACGGGCGGCGACGACGAGACCGGCCGCGUGUGGGACGUGCGCAGCGGCGCAUGCACAGCAGUACUGAAGCACGGCGCGGCCGUGAACGCGGUGGCGUUGUCGCCGGACGGCCGCCUGGCGGUGACUGGUGGCGCCGACUACGGCGUCAAGGUGUUCAUCACACAGAGCGGCGACUGCACCGUCACCUUCGCGGGCCACUCGCACACGGUGCUGGCUCUGGCCUGGCACCCGCUGCGCCGCACCUGCAUCGCCUCCGCCGGCGCCGAUCGCUGCGUCCUGGUGUGGGACACCGUCACCAAGAGCCGCGUGGGGACCAUGGAGGGCCACACCGAGACUGUGCGCGGUCUGGCCUGGAGCCCCGACGGGCGGCUGCUGGCCUCCGCCUCCGCCGACACCACCCUGCGGCUGUGGGACGCCAACUCGGGCAGCUGCACAGCCACACUCAAGGGUCACACAAAUGCCGUCCUGACGGUGGCUUGGAGUGGCGGCGGCGGGCUGGUGUCCGGCGGCGCCGACAAGGCCGUGCGGCUGUGGGACCCCACCGCGGGCAAGGAGGAGCUGGGCAUGGCGCAGGCCCACACGGACGUGGUGACGGGCCUGGCGUGGAGCCCCGACAGCGCCCAGCUCGCCAGCAGCAGCGGCGACGGCAGCAUCCGGCUGUGGGACGCGGCGCCGGGGCCGGGCGGCGGCCGCUGUGUCAAGGUGCUCACGGGCCACACGGGCCGUGUGCGCUGUGUGGUGUGGGGCUCGGCGGUGCAGCUGCUGGCCAGCGGCGGCGAUGACAGCAGCGUGCGGCUGUGGGACCCCAAGACCGGCAAGAACACCUGCAAAUUGGAGGACCUGAGCCACGAGGCGGCCACUGCAGAGAAUGCGGUCAAGGCGCGACGCGCCGUGUCGGUGCGCAUCUGGUCGGCGGCCACUGGCAAGUGCGUGACCGCAUUCGAGAACGCGCACCCCGGCGGCCCCGGCGCCGCCUGCCUGGCUUGGAGCCCCGACGGCCGCCUGCUGGCCAGCGGCGGCGGCGACCGCGCGGUGCGGCUGUGGGACGUCGGCGGCGGCGGCGGCGGUACGGCGUGUGUGGCCACCAUCCCGGCCCAGGGCGCGCCGGUGGCGGCUCUGGCCUGGAGCCCCCACGGCCGCUGUCUGGCCGUGGCCGCCGGCCGCGCCAUCCGCUGGUUCGACAUCUACAAGCCCGGAGAGCCCGUGCCCGAGGACGCGGUGCCCAUCGCCGCGGCCGUUGCGGGCUUGGGCGCGGGCGGCGGCGCGGGUGGCGGCGGCGGCGGCGGCGGCGGCGGCGGCGGCCCUGGCGGCUCGCCUCGGCUGCAGCAGCAGGGAACGUUCACGCGGGGCGGCGGCGCGGGCGGCGGCGGCGGGGUACCCGGCGGCGCCGGCCUGCAGCAGGCACCGACACUGCUGCGGCGGCCCAACGCGGACGCCUACAUCAGCGGCGGCGGCGACCUGCCGUCCUCGCUUCAACAGUCACCCACGCUGCAGCGCCUGGGAGGGGGAGCGGGAGGAGCAGGAGCGGGAGGGGGGCCGGGGCCGUACGCGGUCGGCGGCAGCGGUGGCAGCGCGUCGCCGCCGGUGCUGCUGCAGGCGCCGACGCUGACGCGGCGGCCGGACGCGAGCUCGUACAUCAACGGCGGCGGCGAACCGCCGCAGUUCAGCUCGCAGGGCACCUUCCCCCGCCGCACCCUGCUGUGAUAGAGCGCUUGAGCCGGGCUGUGGGUGGGAGCUGUGGGGUGUGGGGGUGGGGGGCUGUGAGGGUGGGGGGCUGUAAGGGUGGCGUUGGCUGCUGGGACCGCCUGGGUGGAAGGGCUGCGGGCGGAGCGGGCUGUGGGCGGUGCGGGCUGUGGGCGGAGCUGGCUGGGCGGAGCAAAUGGUGGUGGUGGCGGUUGAGGAACGUUGUGAGGCGGCAGGAAUGAAGGCCGGCGAGGGAAUAAAGGUCCCAUGGACCAGGACGCGGGUGGUGGCAGUGCCAGGCUGCGUUUAGGGGAACACAUGAGACCACGUGUGUACGUGUGACUGUGCGUGUAUGGGUUUUCGGGCAUGUGUGUGUGCACCCACGUACGUGUGCGUGUGUGACUGUCUGUGGGUGGCAGAACUGUUCAGGUUUAGGGACUUGGCAUACAUACAUGGUAGACCAGGGAGGCCGUUACAUGAAUGUGUUUGGCGAGUAGGCAGGCAAGGGGGGCUGCAUUCAUCGUGCAGACGUGACCGCAUCACGAAUCAUUACCGUAUGUGCAGCAGACAAUCUCGUCGGCACCGGUAACUCGGCACCGGCGCCGAGAGGGCGCCGGGCAAAUGACCACACCUUGGCUUGGCUCUGGUGCUAGGUGCAAGCGACGGCGUGACCGCACGAGUAUAUUCUGAGGUUGACUGCCUUUCAUCUCAGUGUGCGUGUGCGUGUGUAUGUGAGCUGUCGCCUGGGUUCCCGGCAGGGACUUGGACGGGACCGGGCACCUGCAGGUGUGGCGGGGACUCCAGGCGUGCACUCAGUACUUGUGGCAGGGCGCAGGUUGCGAAGAGCACGUGUCUUGGCCACAAGUAGGCGGAGGAAAUACGUCGGAGGUAGGCGGGAAAAGUACGUAGGGAGGUAGGCGGAGGCGGCAGGCGGAGGCGGUAGGCGAGGACGACCGCGGGUCCGCACGCAGGUGCAAGGUGGCUGGGAGCCUGGGACACUGAACGAUGAGACGUUCAAAGUGGCGUCCUUCACUCCUUCCG